AGCCAAAGCGCCUGCGUAAGUCAACAAAGUUUCCUCAAGUCUUUUUGAAACAAUUCCAGAUCCUUUAGUCAGUGUUUCCAAAAUUUAGUUUCUUUUCGCUGGUCCCCAACUAAGUCGCAGAUUUCAGCUUCAAAGCAGCCACUUCGUUGUGCAAUUAUCAGUUUUAAUUGAAUCUGUUUCUCGGCUGCGUUUAAAUGGCCAGUACAAGUGGUGAAUCUGUGGGUGAAGUGUCAGUGAAGCGUCCUCGCUUAGCGGGCACUUCCAAGGCUCCCAAAAUAGUUGAGCCCCAAGCUCCCAAGGCCGCCAAUCGGGUGCCCAAAUGUGCCCGCUGUCGUAAUCAUGGAAUUAUUUCGGAGCUACGGGGCCAUAAGAAACUGUGCACCUACAAGAACUGCAAGUGCGCCAAGUGUGUCUUAAUCUUCGAAAGGCAACGCAUUAUGGCCGCCCAGGUUGCCCUGAAGCGUCAGCAGGCCGUGGAGGAUGCGAUUGCCAUGCGGCUGGUGGCCAACAAAACGGGUCGCUCCGUCGACGCCCUGCCGCCGGGCAAUAUUUUCGGUUUGACCGUGACCCAGCCCAGUUCACCGCGUUCCCAGAGGGAAGUUGGUGACCAGGCGGAGCAGCCUCUUUCAGAGGAGCCUAAAAAGCAGCAGACUCUGCCGCCGGAGGAGGAGUUCAUCGAACCACCGGCGGUGGCCCAGGAUCUCAGUGCUCCGCGGCGGGACAAUGUCUCCCAAACGGCCAUCGAUAUGCUGGCCCAGCUCUUUCCCCACCGAAAGCGAUCUGUCCUGGAACUGGUCCUCAAGCGCUGCGAUCUCGAUCUCAUUCGGGCCAUUGAGAAUGUCUCGCCCACGGGCAAAGACCAGCCAGUGGAUGUCACCAAAACCAGUCAGCUGCCCAGCCAGGAGCCAGGAAUCUUGCCCAGCGUUCCGCAGAUCACGUCCGCCAGGAGCAGCGCCUUUAGGCCUGUAAUAACAGAUCAGUACCAGAGCAAAUCGAUGGCGGAGCUGAAGCCGCCGGUCUUUGGGAGUAGCGCCUCGGCAGCGGCGGCCGCCAUAUGCGCCUACCCCAAGUGGUUCGUGCCGCUCUCCUUCCCGGUGACCAUGGGCCACCUGUCCAACCUGGCGCCCCGCUGCACCUUGCCCAACUGCGCCUGUCUGGACAGCUACCAGUUCCACUAG